GGUUAUGAAACAACGCCAUUUUGCCAAAUUCCCUAAUUUACCUCUCAAUCCAAUGGAGGCUCUAAACCUCUACAAUGGACGAUCGAAGAACAUCAUCGAUUAACUCCGCCAGGUCUCUUCCCAUCCACACUCCCAAAUGGGCCUUCACGUUCUCAUAGCCCCUCCUUUCUCUUCCUCCACAUCCAUAAUCUUCAAACCCACUUCUUCCGCCUCUCUUCUCUUCAAAUUUGGCUAUGCUUUAUCCAAAUCUCCUUCCUCCACCACGACCUAUCUCCGAUCUUCUUCACUCAAAUAUGUUGCUUCUCCUCCAACUUCACUUCCGCUUUCUGGGUAUUUCUCUCGGAGAACUCGUAGGUUUCAUGGUGGGUUCAUUGCAGCUACUGCGGCACCUGGGUCUGUCCAGAAAUCCGAGGAAUUGAGGCCUUCCGUUUCGCCUGACCAAUCUUGGGUCCAGAGACAAAAUGGGAUUGAACCCUUAACAGGUUCCGAAGUGCCUUUACGAGGUCGUAUUUACCAUGAAACUUACGGGUGUCAAAUGAAUAUUAACGAUAUGGAGGUUGUUCUAUCAAUCAUGAAAAAUGCUGGAUAUAGCGAAACUGUCGACGUUCCAGAGACGGCGGAGGUCAUUUUUAUCAACACUUGUGCAAUCAGGGACAAUGCCGAACAGAAGGUGUGGCAGAGACUUAAUUACUUUUGGUUUCUGAAGAGGGAAUGGAAAGGUAAUGUUGCCAUCGGAAGGUCGCAGUCUCGACACCCUCCGAAAGUAGUCGUUUUGGGGUGCAUGGCGGAGAGGUUGAAAGAUAAGAUACUAGACGCGGACAAGAUGGUCGAUGUAGUUUGUGGACCUGAUGCUUACCGAGAUCUACCACGAUUAUUGGAUGAAGUCGAUUAUGGUCAAAAGGGUAUCAACACACUUCUUUCCCUUGAAGAAACUUAUGCAGACAUAAGUCCCGUACGGAUAUCGAAAAAUUCUGUCACUGCGUUCGUAUCCGUGAUGAGAGGUUGCAACAAUAUGUGUUCGUUCUGCAUUGUUCCUUUCACUCGGGGCAGAGAACGGUCACGUCCUGUUGAAUCAAUUGUGUCUGAGGUCAGGGAACUUUAUAGAGAAGGCGUGAAAGAAGUAACUCUUCUGGGCCAGAAUGUUAACAGCUAUAACGAUACCAUCGAUAAUACUGAUGUCGAACCGGGGACUAACUGGAAACUCAGUGAUGGAUUUUCGACCAUAGCGAAGGUAAAGAAGAUGGGUUUGCGUUUUUCUGAUCUUUUAGAUCGUCUUUCCACAGAAUUUCCUGAGAUGAGGUUUCGAUACACAUCUCCACAUCCUAAAGACUUUCCCGACGAAUUCCUUUAUUUGAUGCGAGACAAACACAACAUUUGCAAAAGCAUCCAUUUACCUGCUCAGAGCGGGAAUAGCACGGUUCUCGAAAGAAUGCGUAGGGGGUAUACACGAGAGGUCUACUUGGAUCUUGUGCACAAGAUUCGAUCGAUCAUUCCCGACGUGGGAAUAACUAGUGAUUUCAUUUGUGGUUUCUGUGGCGAGACCGAAGAAGAACAUGCUGACACUCUAAGUCUGAUUAACGAAGUCGGGUACGAUAUGGCUUACAUGUUUGCAUAUAGCAUGAGGGAAAAAACUCAUGCACAUCGAAACUAUGUCGAUGACGUUCCAGAGGAAGUGAAACAGAGGAGACUCACCGAACUCAUCGAAACGUUUCGAAACAGUACAGGACAGUGUUAUGAUAUGCAAAUUGGUAGUAUCCAAUUGGUUCUUGUUGAAGGACCAAACAAGAGAGCCCCAGAGACGGAGAUGAUCGGCAAGAGUGACCGAGGUCAUAGAGUUUCGUUUGUUAAUGUAGCUGUUCCACAUCGAGAUGGCGAUUACGAUGGACAUCGGAAAGUGGCGUUUGGUGACUUUGUUGAAGUUCGUAUAUCGAAAUCGACACGAGCAUCGUUGUUUGGAGAGGCACUUGCUGUUACAAAACUAAGCUCAUUUUACAACAGUAUGGAUGAAUCAAUUGCUUGUGUGAGCUGAAGUUGUAAUGAAUUUUGAUCAUUUUGAUUUGUGAUGAAAUGUUUAAUACACUUGGGGUACUUUAUUUAUUAGUUUCAUUGCACGUUUGUUUCUAUUCAAAGUGUAAAAAUGUCAUUGAAUCUUGGCUAUA